CCUUUACGUCGGCGCCAUCCUGAGCGAGAAGCAGAGGAGGAGACAUAGCGGACUCCGUCGGGUUUUCUCAGUGAUGUGUUUCUAGGCAGCGGCAGGACCUCGUGGAAUCGCGCCUUUCUUCGUUUUAACGAACUCGGUUGCACUUGGAAAAACCGCAGAGUGUUUUUUGUGUGUCCGAAAAACUCGGCUCGAGAAAGAGGGAGGCGUGAAAGCAAAACUUUUUGUGCCAAGGUGAAGAAAUCGAGGUUUGUUGUUGUGAAGGCGCCAGUGUAAAAACAAAAGUUCGGGAUGUCUCUCUCGGUACCUCAGAACGGUUUGAAGGGGGAUAACGAGCCCGUCAUCGAGCUUUUUGUGAAGGCAGGCAGCGAUGGAGAGAGUAUUGGAAACUGUCCAUUUUCUCAGCGUCUCUUCAUGAUCCUGUGGCUGAAGGGUGUGGUUUUCAAUGUCACCACUGUGGACCUUAAGAGAAAACCAGCUGAUCUGCAAAAUCUGGCUCCAGGAACCCAUCCUCCCUUCAUCACCUUUAAUGGAGAGGUCAAGACCGAUGUCAACAAAAUCGAAGAGUACCUAGAGGACAUCCUCUGCCCUCCAAAGUACUCUAAACUUGGUGCCAGACACCCAGAAUCCAACACUGCAGGGAUGGAUAUAUUUGCCAAGUUUUCAGCAUUUAUCAAGAACUCUAAACCUGACGCCAAUGAAGCAUUGGAGAGGGGACUGCUGAAGACUUUGCAAAAGCUGGACGAGUACCUGUGCUCUCCUCUUCCGGAUGAGAUCGAUCACAACAGCAUGGAGGAGGUGAAGGCCUCCACACGCACAUUCCUGGAUGGAGAAGAGAUGACACUCGCAGACUGCAACCUGCUGCCCAAACUCCACAUCGUCAAGGUGGUGGCAAAAAAGUACAGAGGCUUUGAGAUCCCUAAAGACCUGACGGGCAUCUGGAGGUACCUGAACAAUGCCUACAAGCGUGAAGAGUUCACCAACACAUGUCCCAGUGACAAGGAGAUCGAGAUCGCCUACGCUGACGUAGCAAAACGGCUCGUCAAAUAAUGGCUAAAUCUCCUCCACUCAACUCCCCGCGCUGGGACUGUUUAUUUUCCUUCACAUGAGAAAGAGAAAAAACAAGCUACAGACUCCUUUUUUCCUUCUCUUUUAUUUAGAUUACAUACCCAAUGCAUGAUUUCUCCCUCCCCAUUACAGCUCUUAGGACAAAUCUUUAAAUUUCAGUGCGGCGGAAAGAUUUUCACCCUUGGUUUUUUUAAGUGUUAAUGCAGGAAGUGCCAGAUACUGUCGGUGUAUCGCUGGCUAAUAGCGUGUGAGCAUGUGGCUCAUGCAUAUCUAUUCCUCUCACCCACACUAUGUAGCAAUAACAGAGUGGGUUCACCAGCUUUUUUUGUUUUAUUAUGAAUUUAAAAUAUGAACGAAAUGCUUUUUCUAAGCUUGCCAAGUGAACAGUUAUGAAGCGUUUUCUGUUUUGUUUCUAUGUAAACGCAUUUGAACAGUGUUGAAAGCUCCAGUGUUUAUUUAGAGAGCAGUGUAGCACUCUGCGCACACACACAAUGAAGUCUCAAAAGACCCUCUAUUGAAAUUUGAAAUGAAGUGCUUCGAACUGACUUUUGUUGAUACUUUCAUAUGAAGUUCAUAUCAUAUACAUUAGUCCUCAGUUGUUUGCAGAAAUGGCACCUUGCAUAUUAUGUAGUACGUUUGCAGCGACUGUGGCCCUUUGAUGAAGGAAAGGCCUCUUUUACUGAGAUCAUAGAUACACGAAGAGACUCUAUAGAUCUGCCUUAUUCACUCUAGAUUCAUUAUCUAAUAUUUAGAGUGCUGGAUUAUCAUGACCUCAUCCCAUUGCUCGAAACACAUGAAGGGAAAUGCCUGCGUAGCUCUAGAGGUAGAACUACAUCACUUGCACUUCACAUGAAGUGUCCUUACCUAUUUGAAUAGUAGCAAAAAUGUUUGUUUGGUGUUUUAAAAAGGAAAAUUGGCUUAAUUUGAUAAAGGGCAUCUCACUUGAAGAAGGUUAAUUGUUUUUUAAGAUAAGCAAUGGUUUCAGAGAAAGAUGACCAUAUAGAUGGAAUAGCUUUAAAGCCUUUGCAGGUUAAUAACACAUUUAAAGGCUCAGCGGGAAACUUGAUUUUAUGUUACAAUUUUGAAUGUAGGAUUGGUUUCUUAUUUGGAGAAGGAUCUUAAUAAUAGUUGUAAAUGAGAAUUUGGUUGCCAUAUGUUUCAAUUCUUUUGACGAUUGAGAAAUAAUUGUUGGUUUUUCAGCAGUUUUAUACAUUCAUACAUUGAAUGUAGUGGAAUGACACUGCCUUGUGGCAAUCUCUGGCCUUUUAUCACAAGGUAGCAAAAAUACCCAUUCAUCAUUAAAUGACAACACAAAUACAACAUUUAAGAAGGCGCAGUUUGAGAUGUUUCUGUCUGCUGUUGGAAGUGAGGGAAUUGCUGCUGUGUGGGAACAAUAACGGGAAGAUUGUGUUGCGGGGGGGUUGUUUCCUUUUUCCACUCUUUUACUCGUGCUGAUCCUUUAAUGGAUUGGGGGUUGAGUGAAAAUGGAGUUUUGUUUUUUUUAAAGGCAGCCGACUAGUUCACUUUGAGUUCAGUUAAAGAGAUCGCUGGCACAUUAUUAGAAAGUUGGACACGUGCCACUAUUUUUAAUUGUUUUUCAGCUUUGUGCCUUUAAAGCACGCAUGGAUGCGUCACUUGAAUGAUGUGGUUUUGUUUGUUUUAGUGUUGUGGGUUUUUUUUUUUUGUGGACAGAUGCUCCCUCCAAACUGUUCAGCCCAUAUCUCUUUCUCUCAGAGAAGCCGAAUGUUAAAACAUUGCUCUUUGUAGAUUUCUGAUUGGACCUGUAUGUGUGUGUACAAGAAACAGGUUUGACAUUAACUAUAAAAACACUGCAUGUUUGCCAUUUGCCAUCGCAUUUUCAUUAAAUAAACUGCUGGCAGCUAUGACAAA